AUGCACUUAGUAAAUCUUCGCUCAAUAAAAGAGAAAGUUGGCAUUAAAUAUGUAGGCUACGGAAUAGGAGCUCUAGUGGGAUAUAAGCUCAUAAACUAUAUGAUUUGGAAAACAAAAAACAAGAAACUCAAUAUCAGAAGCGCAUAGAUAGUGGCUGAGAGAGAUUCUAAAACUUAUACAUUCAUUGAGGUGAGUCCAGAAAAGACCUAGUUGAUACUUAACCUCCCAGAUAUUCAAGCAAUUAGAGAGAAUCUUUUCUAAAGAUCAUUCACAAUAUCUGAGCUAGUCACGGUUUAUUCAAAGAGAACUGUUGAAAUCGGUAGACAACUUAAUCUGACUGCUGUUGAGCUGAUUGAUUAAGCUCUUAUCACUGCAAAUGAAUAUGAUUAAAUACUAGAUAAGCACCUUAAAGAUGGCUAACAAAGUUAAUUGCCACCAUUGUUUGGGAUACCUAUAAGUACCAAAGGUGAUAGAAACUCAAGAGGAGCUUAAAUUUACCAAGAUCACAUUGCAGAUGAUGCAGUAACAGUAAAGUUAUUUAAAAAGGCCGGAGCCAUCAUUAUAGUUAAAGCAAGAUCAUCAGGAGGUGAUUCAGCUCUAGUUGCAUCUAGAUGUGUGGUUCUUGCAGUUGGUACAGAUAUUGGUGGUAGCAUCAGAGUGCCAGCAGCCUUUAACGGACUCUUUUCGUUUAAGCCAACAGGCGCUAGAACAUCUAAUUUGGGUUAUUUGUCAGGAAUGCCAAAAAUAUCUACCUCCAGUAUAGUUUUAGCGUCGCAAGGCCCAAUGGCUAGAAGCAAUGAUGACUUGGUUUUAGCCACCAAACUUUAACUUGAUCCUUAGAUUCAUACUUAUGAUUGGAAGAUUCCCUCAAGUCCUUUCAGGGAAAAUGAGUAUAUCAGUGCUGUAAAUGGUGGAAAACAAAAAUUAAGAGUAGGAUAUAUUGAUAGACUUCCAACUUUAUAAUCAAGUAAAGGGGCUAGAAGAGCUCUCCAAAUUGCAAAGGAUGCUCUGGAGAAGCAAGGUUUCGAAUUAGUCCCAUUUAAUCAGACUUUAGAAGAAGUUUAGACUAUAAAGAGUGCUUUUUAAGGAAUAAUGAUUUCUAGCAAUGCAGGCCCUGUUCUUAAGCUUUUAUCAGAUUAAUGUGAAGAUCUCUUAAAGGUCAAUGUUGCGUUCUACUCUUAUUACAGUGCUAACCCAUUAAAGAAGUUUUUAUUGAGAACAUUACUAAAAUUAACUGGAAACCAUAGAUUUUCAAAUGCUAUUGCUAACUGCAAAGAUUUUUCGAAGGAUGAAAUAGAUGAUUUCAUUAGAAAGAGAGAGGAGUCGAAUGAAAAUAUAAGAGCUAAAUUCUAAGAUUUGGAUAUAAUUGGUCUAAUUCUACCAAAUUAUGUUCAUUGCGCCUUUAAAGAAUCAAACCAGCUUUCUAUGAACUCAUUGAUAGAUUAUACAAGUAUCUGGAAUUUCUUUAUGUAUCCUUGUGGCACUGUCCCCACAACUCUAGUUUAAGCAUCUGACACCAAUCCAAAUGACUAUUAAGAUAGCUUCGAUGAUAAAGUUACUAAAUCUAUAAGAAAUGAUAUAGAGGAUAGUGAAGGCAUGCCAAUGGGAGUCCAAGUAGUCGGAUUAUCAUAAAUGGAUGAGAGAGUAUUAGGAUUAAUGAAGGCUAUUGAUAAUGGUGUUUAAUUUAGAUCAAGACCCAAAGAUUUCUGA